CAUCCAAUCACUUAAUAGCAUCCACAAAGUAGAAAAAUAAUAAAAUCUGAUUGGACCAAAAUUCAACAAUGACGUGCAUAAUUAAAAAAAAAAAACAGUUUUAUUGUAAUAAAAAAAAGUUGUAACAAAGAAGAAGAAGAAGAAGAGUGCGCAAUACGCACACAUAAAAUUGAAGCUUUAUUCACAGUGCAAAUUAGCCACCAAAAACGCAAAAUUCUCAUUUGGGUCAAGUGAAGUCUUUUCGAACAAUUCAAUGGCAUCCAAAUCACAGAAGAAAGCCAAUCUCUUAGAUCAUCACUCCAUCAAGCACAUUCUCGAUGAGUCUGUUUCUGAGGUGGUUAAGGGACGUGGGUAUUCUGAAGACGUGAGAUUGAGCAAUGUGAGGCUGUUGAUUGGGACUGUUAUUAUUGUCAUUGCUCUGUUUGCUCAGUUUUACAAGAAGAAGUUUCCUGAGAAUAGGGAUUUUCUUCUUGCUUGCAUCGCCUUAUAUGUAAUCUUCAAUGGGUUGUUGCAGCUGAUCAUAUAUACUAAGGAGAAGAAUGCCAUUCUGUUUACUUAUCCUCUGGCUGGUUCUUUUACCAGUACCGGGUUGGUAGUUUCAUCCAAAUUACCCAGAUUUUCUGACAUUUACACACUUACGGUAGAAAGUGCAGAUCCGAAAUCAAUUUCUGCGAAUGAACCAGUAAACCUUACCAAAAGUGUUACCGAGUGGUUCACUAAAGAUGGUGUUUUAGUUGAAGGCCUCCUCUGGAAGGAUGUUGAAACUCUGAUAGCUCAAUAUACUAAAGAACCAAAGAAGAGCAAGUGAAAUGGAGAAAUCAACUUUGUUCUCCAAAGAGCUUUUCGAAGGACAAAAAAGUAUUUCGAUGUGGUUUUCAUUUCCAUACAUUUUCAACAUUUAGAACGAUAUUGAGCAAUUUAAGCGUUCAGUAACAUUAAAACAAAAUUACUUCCCAUUUUUCAUCGUUUAUUUUAUAGGAAAAGGUUCUCCUAAAACCAUUUAAUGGUUAUCUUUAUAUAUUUUUAGACUUUGCUUGGUAGAUUUUUUUUAAUUAGAUAAGGAGUAGUAUGAAGGAAGAGGGCGGUAACCGCAACUCAAAACCUUUGGUC